AUGUCGAAAAAGAGGCAAUAUGAUAGUAGUUAUAUUAAAUAUGGAUUCACUGAAAUUGAAAUAAAUCGAGAAAUAAGAUCUCAGUGUGUGAUAUGUACUGUUGUACUUAGUAAUGAUGCUUUGAAACAAGCAAAGCUUCAGCGGCAUUUGCAUAAAGUUCAUCCUACUCUCAAAGACCGACCUCCCGAAUUUUUUGAAAGAAAAUGUAAAAGCCUAAAGAAAAUGAAACUCGGACCAAGUGGGGCAAGUGUCGCAUCGUCUCAACAAGUACUAAUUGCAUCAAUUGAAAUCUCACAACUGAGUUACUAA